GUGAAAUUGGCUGGGUCCUUCCUGCUCUGCAAACAGCAGGAGUCAUUUUCAGGCAAGGAAACACCCCCUUGCUGCUGUAGGCGGGGCAUAGUUUGAAUUCAGGAAUUUGAAACAAAGACUGUUACAAACUGCCCAGAGGAAGCCAUGGCUGCAGAGAACCCCAUGGAAAGGCUUCAGGAGGAAGCGACAUGUCCCGUCUGUCUGGAGUAUUUCACAGAACCUGUCAGUGUGGAGUGUGGGCACAAUUUCUGCCGAGCCUGCAUCAGUCAGUGCUGGGAGGGAUCCGAUACAGCCGCAUUCUGCCCUCAGUGCAGAGAAACUGUGCAACAGAGAAACCUCAGGCCCAACAGGCAGCUGACAAACAUGGUAGAAAUCGCCAAGCAACUGAGUUUCCAGGCAGCAAAGGGAAGAGGAGGGGACGGGGUGUGUGGGGAGCACCAGGAGGCUCUGAAACUGUUCUGUGAAGAGGAUCAAAGCCCCAUCUGUUUGGUCUGCAGAGAGUCCCGGGCUCACCGCACUCACAGGGUGGUUCCCAUCCAGGAGGCUGCCCAGGAGUACAAGGAAAGAAUCCAGGCCCAUUUGAAGACUCUGAGGGAAGAGAGAGAAAAGCUGCUGGGAUUGAAAGUGACUGGAGAGGGGAAUUGCCAGGAAUAUCUGAAACAAACACAAACCGAAAAGCAGAAGAUUGUGUCUGAAUUUCAGCAACUGCAGCAGUUCUUGGAGGAACGAGAACGACUCCUGCUGGCCCAGCUGGAGAAGCUGGACGAGGAGAUUGUGAGGAUCCAGAAUGAAAAUGUCCGUAAACUCUCCGAGCAGAUUUCCCAUCUCAGUGAGCUGAUCAGUGAGAUGGAGGGAAAGUGUAAGAAGCCAGCGAGUGAAUUCCUGCAGGAUAUUAGAUGCACCUUGAGCAGGUGUGAGAAGAGGAAGUUCCAGCAGCCAGAGGAGAUUUCUCCUGAACUGGAAGAGCGAAUCAAUGGUUUCUCUCAGAAAACGAUUGUGCUAUUGGAGACUCUGGGGAAGUUCAAAGACACUCUGCCAUCUGCACUAGAGACAGAAAUAGGAGGAUCUUUAGGAACAUUCAGACACGUGAAUGUGACUCUGGAUCCAGACACGGCUCAUCCCGAACUCAUCCUGUCUGAGGAUUGGAAAAGUGUGAGAUGGGGAGACAAACGCCAGGAUCUGCCCAACAAACCUGAGAGAUUUGACACUGAGCACUGUGUGCUGGGCUGUGAGGGAUUCACCUCGGGGAGACAUUGCUGGGAGGUGGAGGUGGGGGGUCGGAGAGACUGGGCUGUGGGGGUGGCCAGAGAGUCUGUGAGGAGGAAGGGAUGGAUCAGCCUUAGCCCUGAGGGAGGGAUCUGGGCUGUGGAGCGGCACUGGCUGGGUCAGUUCCAGGUUCUCACCUCCCGUGUGACCCCCCUGCCCCUGAGCCGGGCCCCCAGCAGGAUCCGGGUUUGUCUGGACUGUGACCGGGGGCAGGUGACAUUUAUCGAUGCUGGUGACGAGGCCCCGAUCUUCACUUUCCCGCCGGGCUCCAUCCGUGGGGAGAGAGUCCGACCCUGGCUCUGGGUGCUGGGGGUAGGGUCCCAGCUCAGGCUGUGUCCCUGAGAUGGGGUGAAAUAUCCCACUGUGGGCCCUGAAAUCAGCCUUUCUAGCCUCACACGCCCUGGACUCUAUGACCUUGGAGGACUCCUGCCUACCCAACCCCUGGCUCCUCAUCUCUGUGACCUAUGGAAGCCCCUCCCCUUCCCUGCAGCCUCAGGGAUGGAAGCAGGAGGGGUGAAGAACCCCUGGGGUUGCA